AUUUUAAUUGCAGUUUGUGUUUCGAAGUGCGAGGUGUUGUAGUUUAAAAAAUUUUGUUUUUAUUUGUCUUUAAUUUCAAAAGUCUUUUCAGUUGAAAUAAGAUAUGUUUCGUUUCAUCUUAAUCGCUGUUUGUUUGGCUGUGCCAGUAUUAUCGUAUUCUACUGGUGCUCCAAAUAAAAUUUGCACAAAUGGUCUUACACCAGAGCAUCAUCUUGAAGGUCAAACAAGUUCACCACCCUAUAGUUUUUCUGCUGCACAAAGCGUACGUGCUGGCGAUAAAUUAUCGAUAACCCUUAGUGGUGAUGAUUUCUUGGGUUUUGCUAUACAAGCGCAAGAUAGUGACAAUAAACCAGUAGGUACCUUUAACCCUGUGGAUAAUCACUCAUCUCAGACACUUACGUGCUCCGCCCCCGGUGACACAUUGACACACAAGAAAUUGGCUGAACCUAUUAAGAGUUUAAAAAUCGAAUGGACUGCUCCUCAAACUAAAGGAAAGGUUAGAUUGGUUGGUACUGUUGCCAAGAAUGGUGCUACUUUCUGGGUACGCAAGGUUUUACUUGAUGUUAAUGUGGAAUAAAAAGCAGAACAGAUUAAUGAUAGUUUUGUUUUUUUUUGUAAAUCUUUAAAAAUUAAACUUUUUCGAUCUAAUAAAAUUAAGUAAUACACUUCUACUUGUGAUAAAAAUUGGUAAA